GUUUGAGAAACCACACGCAUUGUAGGAAUUCGCGGAGAGAAAUAACAUUUCUUGCUCUCUCUUCAAUUCCUUCUCCUUCUCCUUCUCCUUCUCCUUCUCCUUCUCUCUCUCAAUUUUCUCUCCCUAGAAGUUUGUUAAGAUUAUCUGUUAUUCAAAGAUGUUCAUUGAGAGCUUUAAGGUAGAGAGCCCCAAUGUUAAGUACACAGAGACUGAGAUUCAUUCUGUGUAUGACUAUGAGACCACAGAGCUUGUUCAUGAGAACAAGAAUGGUACCUAUCAAUGGACUGUCAAGCCCAAAACUGUCAAAUACGAGUUCAAGACUGAUACCCAUGUCCCCAAACUAGGGGUUAUGCUUGUGGGUUGGGGAGGAAACAAUGGUUCAACCCUCACUGGUGGUGCUAUUGCAAAUCGGGAGGGAAUUUCUUGGGCAACCAAAGAUAAGGUUCAACAAGCCAACUAUUUUGGCUCACUCACUCAGGCAUCAACAAUCAGAGUUGGGUCUUUCAAUGGAGAGGAAAUCUAUGCUCCAUUCAAAAGCCUCCUUCCCAUGGUGAAUCCAGAUGACAUUGUGUUUGGGGGUUGGGACAUAAGUGAUAUGAACUUGGCAGAUGCCAUGGCCAGGGCUAGGGUCUUUGACAUUGAUCUGCAGAAGCAAUUGAGGCCCUACAUGGAAUCCAUGGUCCCACUCCCUGGAGUGUAUGACCCUGAUUUCAUUGCUGCCAAUCAAGGGUCACGUGCCAACAACGUGAUCAAAGGAACCAAAAAAGAGCAAGUUCAACAAAUCAUCAAAGAUAUUAGGGAGUUCAAGGAAGCAAACAAGGUGGAUAAGGUGGUUGUGCUGUGGACUGCCAACACUGAGAGAUACAGUAAUAUAGUUGUUGGCCUAAAUGACACUAUGGAGAACCUCUUGGCCUCAGUGGACAAGAAUGAAGCUGAGAUAUCUCCUUCUACUUUGUAUGCUAUAGCUUGUGUCUUUGAAAACAUUCCUUUCAUCAAUGGAAGUCCACAGAACACUUUUGUUCCAGGGCUGAUUGACUUGGCUAUAAAGAACAACACUUUAAUUGGUGGUGAUGACUUUAAGAGUGGUCAGACCAAGAUGAAAUCUGUACUGGUUGAUUUCCUUGUUGGGGCUGGCAUCAAGCCAACAUCUAUAGUGAGCUAUAACCAUCUAGGAAACAACGAUGGUAUGAAUCUCUCUGCCCCUCAAACCUUCCGCUCCAAGGAAAUCUCUAAGAGCAACGUUGUGGAUGAUAUGGUUUCUAGCAACGGUAUCCUUUAUGAGCCUGGCGAGCAUCCUGACCAUGUUGUUGUUAUCAAGUACGUGCCAUAUGUGGCGGAUAGCAAGAGGGCUAUGGAUGAGUACACAUCAGAGAUAUUCAUGGGUGGGAAGAGCACUAUAGUGUUACACAACACAUGUGAGGACUCCCUUUUGGCAGCUCCAAUCAUCUUAGACUUGGUCCUUCUUGCUGAACUUAGCACUAGGAUUCAGCUCAAGGCUGAAGGAGAGGGAAAGUUUCACUCAUUCCACCCUGUGGCUACCAUUCUCAGCUACCUCACCAAGGCCCCUCUUGUACCCCCAGGCACACCAGUGAUCAAUGCACUAUCAAAGCAGAGGGCAAUGCUUGAGAAUAUACUGAGGGCUUGUGUUGGAUUAGCUCCUGAGAACAACAUGAUUUUGGAAUACAAGUGAAGAAACAAAGCAAGAGAAUAUUUAAUAAAACAAGUGAAAAAAUUUGGUUUCCGCAGCUGUCAAAUGCCUAUCUUCCUUCAGUACUCAUUUUCUUGCAGAUAUGUGUUGUUGAUGAUUUGAAGAAAAAUGUGAUGUUUGUAAAGAGUAGGCUGGCUGAUCAGUCUAGUGUUAUUCUCUUUGGUUUAUGUUCUAGUGUUCUGCUUUUAGGUGGUGAUCAAAUGUGUAAUCUGUUUGCUUUUUAGCUCAUUCUGGAGCAAGGUUUUAUUGGUAAUAGAUAUAAAUCUGAAACAUUUGUA